AUGGGUCUCUUUAAGCGCAAAGACUCUAAGAACUCGAUUCAAAGCGAGAAGGAGGAUUUCGACUCGACCGUAACCGUCAACAGCGCUCGUACCUCCAAUGCAUCAUUGAGAUCGCCCGGUUAUAAAGGAAGUGGGCUGCCUGCCUCCAUCCCAGAACUACCCAUUGCCAAACCACCUGAUUCGGCCCUCGAUCCAGCGGCCUACCUGCGGAGUAUCCAUGCUGUCCGUGAGCGCUGUAGCCUUGUUUUGAACAAGGCCAAGAGAAAUAGACUCAACCACUUUGAUGUGGAUAUGGGCAAAUUCAUGGCCACUGCAUCUUACAUUGUCUCCAUUAUCAAGGUACUUUCUAUAUGCUGCAGCCAUCUCGGCCAAAGGAUUAGCCCAGUCCCUCUAUUCCGUCUCAGGUUUGCUAAUCAAAGCUAUCGUUUGCAGAGAGAUUAUGGCCCGGACUACGACUCCAUUCCUCCUCAUGGCCGUUGGCAACACUUCGACGUGGGUGGACGACCCCGCGUCAACCAAUUGCUCCAGUCCUGGCCCAGUACCAUUGAUGCGCAGGAGCGUACCCGGCGAUUGAUCGACCUUUUCGUUGUUUCCGUCCUUCUCGAUGCUGGUGCAGGUACCAGGUGGUCAUACAAGUCGAAGGAGUCCGGCAAGUUCUAUUCGCGGAGCGAGGGUCUGGCCGUGGCAACCUUGGAAAUGUUUAAGAGUGGUAUGUUUAGCAGCGAUCCGACGGAGCCUUGUCAAGUGGAUGGGGCAGGCCUGAAGAAGAUCACGGUCGAAGUACUCGCAAAGGGAUUGCAACACUCCGAAACCAACCCCUUGGCGGGAAUUGAAGGCCGAGCUGGUCUUCUGAUCCGACUUUCCGAGGCCCUGAACAACCAAGAUUUCUUUGGGGUAGAUGCUAGGCCAGGCAACAUGCUCGACUACCUCCUUUCUCAUCCGUCUACACUUGCUUCGUCGGUUCCGAUUGUGCCUAUCACCACGCUCUGGAGUGUCCUUAUGGAUGGAUUGUCUCCGAUCUGGCCGCCGUCCCGCACCCAGAUUGAUGGGCUAUCUAUCGGAGACGCCUGGCCGUGCUCCGAUCUCCCCAAGUCUCCCCCUGCGAAACCCUGGGAGAGCAUCGUCCCAUUCCACAAGCUUACGCAGUGGCUGUGCUACUCUAUCAUGGUGCCCAUGUCGAAGCUGAUGAAGAUCCAUUUCGCCGGCAGUGAACUGCUCACGGGUCUACCCGAAUACCGGAACGGUGGUUUGCUGAUUGACAUGGGUCUGUUGACUCUGAAGGAACACGAUUUGGAGCGGGGUAUUGCCGCCUACAAGGAGAAUGCGCAGAUCAAGGGCCAACCCAACGUGGAAGUUGUACCACUGUUCUCCACGGAUGACGACGUUGUCGUUGAAUGGCGGGCUGUGACCGUUGGGUUCCUGGAUGAGCUACUGGAUGAAGUGAACGGUCAGCUUGGACUGACGGGAGACGAUCAGUUGACCCUUGCACAAAUGCUUGAGGCUGGAUCCUGGAAGGGUGGCCGUGAGAUUGCCGAAGUGUCGAGACCCAACACGAAAGAACCUCCGAUCAUGAUCCGUUCCGAUGGCACUGUUUUCUAA